AUGGCAUCCCAGGAUGGAUUACCCUCGAACCAGGCCGGCAUCAUACAACAUGAAGGUGGUGUUCUUCGAAUCACUCAUGGUCUGCCUAUCCCAGAACUUGGCCCCCACCAAAUGCUGGUGAAGACUGCUGCCGUGGCCCUCAACCCCUGUGAUUUUAAAAUGCCACUGAGGUUCCCGACCCCAGGUCUCUGGGAUGGGUGUGACUUUUCAGGCACCGUGGUCGCACUAGGAAGCGAGGUUGCUGCACAGGGACGAUUCCGUCUUGGAGACCAAGCUUUUGGUGCUGUUCAAGGCUCCAAUAUGUCAGAUCCCAUGUCUGGAGCCUAUUGCGAAUACAUUAGAACCGAGCCGGAUCUGACUUUCCAUGUUCCCAAAGGAAUGGACCUUGUCAACGCAACCUCUCUCUCGGGGACUGGAAUUGCAACUCUUGGGGUUGCUCUUUUCUGGUCACUUCAGUUGCCUGGAACAUUGACUACACCAGCAUCCAAACCCGAGGAUGUUCUGGUAUACGGCGGGAGUAGCACUAUAGGACUACUUGCAAUCCAGAUGGUGAAGCUCUGUGGCCACCGGGUAAUUACCACAUGUUCCCCUCAUAACCGCGACUUGGUGACAUCAUACGGGGCAGAUCUUGUCUUUGAUUACAACUCUCCAACGUGUGCCGAAGACAUUCGAGCGGCUACAAAGAACACCUUGCGCUAUGUUCUUGAUCCCUUUGCGGAAGCAAAGACUCUGCGGAUGUGCCAUGCAUCCAUUGGUCGUACCGGAGGAAGGUACUGUGCACUUGAGCAAUACCAAGAAGGCCUUUGUUUGCGAAAGACAAUCAAGCACGAGCUAGUCAUGGGAGGUGCCAUCUCCGGACGAGGUGUCGAGCUACCAGACCCAUAUGGCAUUCCACCACGACCUGAGAUUGGAGUCUGGGCUCGGUCAUGGUACCUAGAGCUCCAAAAAUUGAUAGACGGUGGGAAGCUUAGGCCCUGUCCAACUCAAAUCAUUGCAGGCGAAUUUGAAGGGAUCUUGAAGGGCUUGGACAUACUGCGAAAUGGAAGGGUCUCGGGGAAGAAGCUCGUCGUCCCUAUGAUCACCAAAUAA